GCGUUCAGUAUCCAUCAUUCUCGAGCGGACAGUGCAAUAGCCUACAGUAUUCUGCAGCUCAGGCAGAGUGCAUCCUACUGUCUAUCAGAAGGCUCCCUGUGCCCACCAUGAAUCACACACACCGGCUCACCGAUGGAUUCCCACCGACAGAAGGACGCAACUGCGGACACCGACCACGACUCCCGACAAUCCAGCCAUUGUUUCCUUCACCCGUCUAGUUAUGCCUCCAGGCCCAAGGCAAGCAAGUAUGAUACUAUGAUAUCCAACAGGCGCGCGCUAAGUAGGCUUAUAUGAAGCGAGCAAUAGAGCAACAUAUAUGGUCCAACUAUCCCCAUGUCUAAUCAUCAGUAUUCUCCCUACCAGCGGGCCCCCGGCCCUUCGGAAUCCUACAACGAAGAGCCUUGGCCUCCUGCGGGUCACGAUGCGCUACCGCCCUCGUAUUCCGGGGGUCAGUCCCAUCCACAAGCUCCCCAAUUUCCUCCUUCAGCUGUGUCCGGAUUCAUGCCUCCCGGGUAUCAGGGGCCCGCAAGCCCAGUGGCUUCAUUCAUGACCUCGAUGCCGGCUCCGAUGCCAGCGUAUCCUCCGCAACGCGCAAUUUCGUCUCCCAACGUGUACGGCGGUAUGCCUGCACCGAUGCCCAUGCCCACGGCUGCAUCGAAUCCUCGAGUUCACGGUCCAUAUCACAACGGUUUCCAAGCCAUGCCAUCGAACAACUACCCCUUUGUGGUACCAGAUGGGCACUUCCCGCACUCCUCUUCGAGACAAGACACCUCAUACGGCCUGCCCCGCCCUGCCCUGGUCGACAAUCACUGCGGAUUCAACCCUACACCGCAGUCUAUGCCAGUCCCUGUCCCAGGGGCAGACCCCUACCAGUCGCAGGUGCCGAUGUAUCCUGCCCAAGCAUCUACGGGCCAUCACGGCAUGCAGACACUGUACCUGCAUGCUGGAUACAGGUCCGAAUAUGAGAACGCCACCUACGAGAACGGAGCUUCUCAUAACCACUCCGGAUUCAGGCGCUUUUUUGACAAGCGAGAGGACAAAUUCACCCCCAGAGGACCGCCUAACAAACCAGUUCAGGGCGGAACUACCCUGAGUGGUAACAACCCGGUGAAGGGUGAUAGCAAACCGCGCCCCAAACGUAGAUGAUGCAUCUUCGCUAUUGACAAGCAUACCGGGGCAUUUGGUCCUCGCACGAACAGGUCCACAUCACCAACAUCAUUGCGCUUUCCUUCUUCGUUUUCUGGUCUUGUAUUGUUCUACCUCGGGUCCUAAUUGCGUCUUGCAGUCCACGCCUCUUGACAAGCCGUAUAAUGAAUUCCAUACCCCUACUCACGAUACC